AUGAACUUCUCUUCGACAUUUUUCAUUUUGUUGUUGAUUCUCAAAGUUUAUUUUGGAGAUUGCUGUCCAGAUGGGUGUCAUUGUGAAGGUUUGUACUUUACUUUACUUUAUGUAUCAUUUUUAAGUAGAAUGGGAUUAGCAGAACACAUGAGAAUAUGUGUUUUUUUCGAAUAAGGGGAAAAAAGAAAUGGAAUACAUAACAAAAGAAAUGAAGAAUGAAACAAUGAGAAAAUAUGUUCAAGGUUACAUUUGAUUCGGGAAAAUGAGGAAACUCAUAGAGUUCAAAAAUUUAGGGAAAGGGAUUUUUUUAGUUGGUUUUUCGAAUUCUGAAAAUAUUUGAAGAUUUUCCGGUUUUUCAUAGAAAAUUUUAUUUUCCGGUUUACCAGAAGAAUGUGCCGGAAAAAUUCGGAAAGUGAUUUUUAGUGAUAAUAUCUUUGAGAUCGCCCGAUUUUUGAAGAAUUUUCUAAGAGUCUGACAAAAAAUCUUUUGAUUUUUGCAUCUGAAAAAUCUCAAACAGUUACCAAUGAGCAAAUUUCAGGUAAAAGUAAGUUUUAAAACUUAUUUAGUGCUGAAAUUUAAAAUUUUAAAACUUCAAAAAAGUACAAGUUUUUCGUAUUUAUCAAUCUUCUCUCUUUGAUGCUCAAAAAACAUUUUUUUUCUCUUUCAUCCACAAAAAAAAUGAUUCAAAGUGUCAGUUUUCAAAACAAAAAAUAACUUUGACCAGAAACAUUUUCAAAAACAUAUGCUUCAGAGAAAGGAAUCCGCUGCGAUGGUUUAUCAGCCAUGGAACUCUCUCAAAUGCUCUCAAGUCUCACAAAUCUUCCACUAGCCAACAUCGAAACAUUCUCCAUUAAAUCGACUCCGAAUUUCACACUCAACAAAUUCCCCUCACUCCCAUUACUCAAGUUAGUUUACUACAACAUGUUUUUCUUUUUACGCAUAAAUUCUGAAUUUCAAGAAACCGAAGCAUAAAUCUUUUUAGAACUCUAAUAAUCGACAAUUGCACAAAUUCUGAUGAAUGGAUUCUGGAAAGAGGUCAAUUCCCAAAUGUCACAUUAAUGCGUUAUGUCAAUUCGAAACUAGCGGUGAGAAAAAGAAAAUUUUCUAGAUUUUUCAAAUCUGAUAAAAAUAUUCCAGACAUUUUCGAAAUAUUUUAUGGUGUCAUUUCCAAAAUUGAUUGAAUUGGAUUUAUCUGGAAAUGGUAUGGAAAGUCUGGGACACGAUAGUUUCCAUUUAGCAAGACUUCAAAAAUUCAACUUGCGAGAUAACAAUAUUCAGGUAUAAGGAAAAUCGGGUGUAAUCUAUUGAAUUUAUGAUUUCAGCUCCUGGGUGUUCAUAUUCUUCGUUAUAUGCCUGAACUUCAAGAAUUGGAUUUGACUGGAAAUAAAAUGCAAAGACUUGUGGUAAUUUUAUCAUAUGAAAAUUGACAAAUUCAGAAUAUUCUUUGUAGACCAGUGACUUCUACAGUGCAAGUUCGCUGCGGAGCUUGAAAUUGAGCAACAAUCGAAUUCGAGUUAUUGAAUGUGACACAAGCACUCCUCUUCCACAAAUCGAACUUCUUGAUCUGAGCGGCAAUAAUUUCACAGAUAUUCCUGGAGAAGGAAUAAGAAAUAUGGAAAGACUUGUCACUUUGAACAUUAGUCGAAACCCGAUUCGGAUUAUUGGAGAAGGAUCAAUUCGUUUGCCAAAUUUGCAAAUUUUGGAUGUUAGCAAGUGUAAUUUGUCGGUGGUUGAAGCUGGAGCAUUUACUUAUUUGCCACAUUUGCACACAUUGUAUUUGAAUGAUAAUUCGAGAUUGAUUUCGAUUUCACCGUUUGCGACUAAUGAGAAAAGCGCAUUGUUUAGGUAGGGGUUUUUUAAUUUGAAAAAAAAUAUACAUAUCAUCAAAAAAAACUCCACACUUUUCCAGUUUGGAUCUUCGUAACACUGGUUUCACAAAACUCCCAUACAACAUCUUCCGCCAAAUCAGCCGAAUUUAUCUCGCCGGAAUCCGCCUUGAUUGCGCUUGCGCUGCUCACGAUCUCUCCAGAGUUGACGGAAUCACAAUCGUUGAUUGGGCAGAAGUGAUGUGUGUGACAAAAACCGGUGCAGUUUAUCGAAUGAGUGAAAUCAACGAGGCAAAAAUGACAUCACGAGAUAGUUGUCGUGAUCGAUUGGCUCUUCCGUUCGGGGAUGAGCAAAUUGCGACCGUUGGUGAUACGUUCAAAGUGCAUUGUUCAAGUGAUAAUCAAGGAGCAAAAGUGACGUGGAAAACACCGGCCGGGAAAAUUGAAGAGGCUGGACAUCCUGAAUUGAUUACUGCGUUCAAGAAACAAGAUUAUUUUACAACUUCAUUGUUAGAUCCAGCGUCGUCAAAAAAUCAAUUGAAUCGAACUCACCCAACAACUGAUUUCUACGGGUUAGUAGUUUUUACGGUCUUCUUUUUUUUCAUCCAAACAUUUCCAGAAUCGAUGUUGUUUUGGAGAAAGACACUGGAGUUUACGAAUGCAUCGCCAAAUCAGACGAUCAAACCCAAAGUCGAAAAAUAUCGUUGAAAGUUGUCAAACCCGACAUUCAAAUUAACGCAAGUCACACUGGUAUAACAACAGUUCAUUUGACUUGGAACAAGAACUUGCAAGUUCAGGCUGUUGAUCGAAUCGCUCUUCAAUUUGUGAUUGAAAGUGGAAGCGAUUUUAGAAGAGAAGUUCAACUCUCUUUAUACAACAUGUAUUGCAGUUAUAAUUUGAUCAACUUGCAACCAGAUAGGGUUAGUCUUUUUUUCUUGGAUUCUUAAAUAUGGAUCAAAUGUUUCAGGAGUACAAAAUUUGUCUGCAAUGGGUUAUUACUUACGAUAUGACGGUGAUCUACAGUACAUGCUUGACAGAAAGAACACAAGCAGUCAAGACACUCUAUGAUAGUAUGAGUUUGGAAUUCAUUCUUAUUUUGACGUAAGUUUCGUUUUUUUUCUUUAAGAAAAAAAAAACAAUUUCAUUUUCAGAAUCAUUCUGCUUGCUGUUUGCUGUUUCUGUUGUUGCAACUGCAUUCAACAACGUUUCAACUUUUUGGCGCAAGCGAAACGUGAAUCCAAAAUGCAACAAUCCGUGUCAGGUCAAUCGAUGCUCAGCAGCUCGGUUUCUUCAUCAGCAGAUGCUACUAUGUAUGAAAACUUCCAACUUCAUGUAUGUCUAUUUGAUUUUCUCUAAAUAUAAAUGAAAAAAAAAAUGAUUUUUCAGACUUCCCCAUCGUUCCACGCCUAG